CAGCCCCUGGCCAAUGGGCUGCUGGGCAAGAUCAAAUGUCACUAUAACAUGAGGGCAUGAGCCGAGCGGGCAGUGCCUGAGCCGGUCCUGUCCACAGGGAGCUCUUCUCUCCAGACUCAGCCACAGAAACAGUCCCGCCACCAUGUCUGACGAGGAAGUUGAGCAGGUCGAGGAGCAGUACGAGGAAGAAGAGGAGGCCCAGGAGGAAGCUACAGAAGUCCACAAAGAAGUUCAUGAACCAGAAGAGGUCCAGGAAGAGGAGAAGCCAAGACCCAGACUCACUGCUCCUAAGAUCCCAGAAGGGGAGAAAGUGGACUUCGAUGAUAUCCAGAAGAAGCGCCAGAACAAGGAUCUCAUGGAGCUGCAGGCUCUCAUUGACAGCCACUUCGAAGCACGCAAGAAGGAGGAAGAGGAGCUGAUUGCUCUUAAGGAGAGGAUUGAGAAGCGCCGUGCAGAGAGAGCCGAGCAGCAGAGAAUCCGUGCCGAGAAGGAGAGAGAGCGCCAGAACAGACUGGCGGAAGAAAAAGCCCGGAGGGAGGAGGAGGAUGCCAAGAGGAGAGCCGAGGAUGACCUGAAGAAGAAGAAAGCCCUGUCCUCCAUGGGCGCCAACUACAGCAGCUACCUGGCCAAGGCUGACCAGAAGAGAGGCAAGAAGCAGACUGCCCGGGAGAUGAAGAAGAAGGUUCUGGCAGAGAGACGCAAGCCACUCAACAUUGACCACCUCAGUGAGGACAAGCUGAGGGACAAGGCCAAGGAGCUCUGGGACACCCUCUACCAACUGGAAACAGACAAGUUUGAGUUUGGGGAGAAGCUGAAGCGCCAGAAAUAUGAUAUCAUGAACAUGCGGGCCAGAGUGGAGAUGCUGGCCAAGUUUAGCAAGAAGGCCGGGGCCCCAGCCAAGGGCAAAGUUGGUGGGCGUUGGAAGUGAAGCAGCCGCAGAAGCUCCCAGAGGCAGAGACCCUCGGCCUGAGCAGCCCCCAUGGCAGUGUCUGGCCCCCCGGCCUGGGGGCAGAGAGCCUUCCCCCAGGCACCCCACAUGUCUCUGUCCUGGCUGCCCCCAUCUCCGGGGGUCUGUGAAUAAAGCUGGCAGAUUCCCCUCUA